GCUCUUCUGCGCCAAUCCGCUAGAGAGCAUCGCGCCCCGCCCCUGUCAGCACGUGUGUCACACACAGUGUUGGGUUGGUGGGAGUGACAGCAGGUGCGGCGGCGGCAUGGUGGAGCCCCUCAGCAACAGGAGCAGGAGGAGGGAGUCCGAGGGCUCACAAGAUGGUCCAAGUUUGGAGUUUGAGUACAACGAUGCAGACCGCUUGCCAGCAGAGUUAGCAGAGCUGUACAGUUACACAGAGGAGACAGACUUAUGCCUGAAUCGCCGGUGUUUUGAGGAAAAGUUUAAGCUCGAAGUGAGUGGGGCCAGAUGGACAUCUCUGGGUUCAGCUCAGCGCAGAACACAUGUCAUGUGUCUCCUGGACGGGCUGGAGGUGGUGAGCAGGGAGCAUCGGCUGGAGGUGGCUAGAGCUAUCCUGUAUUUGGCACAAGGUGUGUUUGGAGAGUGUGAUAAUGAUUUGGAUGUUCUGCACUGGUCCCGUUAUAACUGCUUCCUCCUGUACCAGAUGGGAACGUUUGCAGUCUUCCUGGAACUGCUGAACAUGGAGAUUGCGAACAGCCAGGCGUGUAGCAGUGCUCUGAGGAAACCCGCUCUAUCAUUAGCUGACAGCACUGAGCUCAGGGUGAUUCUAAGUGUUAUGUACCUGCUGGUGGAAAACAUGAGGCAGGAGUCACCAGGAGAUGACGCAGAAAGGAAUACUCAGAGAGAGACAUUCCGCACAGAACUUGCUUUUCCAUCCAAUGGUGAGGAGCCAUUUGCUCAUCUCCUGUUCACAAUGGUGACUAAGUUCUGCAGUGGUCACUCUCCUCAUUUUCCUAUGAAGAAGGUCCUGCUGCUGCUCUGGAAAGUGCUGCUGUUUACGCUAGGAGGAUUUUCAGAGCUGCAGAGGAUGAAGGAAAAGAAAAGAGCGGAACUGGGUCUUCCUCCUCUACCUGAAGAUAGCAUCCAAGUAACGAAGAAUAUGAGGGCCACAGCUCCACCAACUUAUGGCAUGGAACAGGGGGAGCAGCAGAAGCGAGGGCGACGUAGCCGCAGGGACAGCAUGGAUCUGUACAAUGAGAAAGACCCUUUCAAGAGUGAGGAAACCAUUGGGACAGAAGAGGAGGAAAAUGAGGACUCCGACAACAUGGUCGAUACAGAGUCUGAGGCACACGAGAGAGAGCUCAUGUCUCAACCAAUGGCUGGCCUGAGAAUACACACAGAGCGAGUGAGCUUCCCGAAAGGCCUGCCCUGGACACCUAAAGUGAGGGACAAAGAUAUUGAAAGCUUCCUGGAGAUGAGUCGGAACAAGUUCAUUGGUUUCACCCUAGGACAUGACACUGAUACUUUGGUGGGAUUGCCUCGUCCUAUUCAUGAAAGUGUGAAGAUUUUAAAGCAGCACAAAUAUGUUUCAACUGCUGAUAUCCAGAUCAAGAAGGAGGAGGAGCUAGAGAGAUGCCCUAUGUCACUGGGAGAGGAAGAAGUGGAGGAAACUGCAACGGAGUGCCUAUACAGAGCAAUGUUGUUCAACAUACCUCAGUACAUGAUUGCUUUGCUGAAGAUACUACUAGCAGCUGCCCCAACUUCUAAGACCAAGACAGACUCCAUUAAUAUUUUGGCGGAUGUGCUACCUGAGGAAAUGCCAAUCACGGUUCUGCAAAGCAUGAAGCUGGGAAUUGAUGUGAAUCGGCACAAAGAGAUCAUUGUGAAGAGUGUAUCUGCUCUCCUGUUGCUGCUGCUGAAACACUUAAAGCUCAACCAUAUCUACCAGUUUGAAUAUGUCUCCCAGCACCUGGUGUUUGCAAACUGCAUUCCUCUGAUCCUGAAAUUCUUCAAUCAGAACAUUAUGUCCUACAUCUGUGCCAAGAACAGUAUUUCUAUUCUGGACUUUCCGUCCUGUGUUGUCCACGAGUUGCCUGAACUGACAGCUGAAAGCCUGGAAUCAGGAGAUAGCAAUCAAUUCUGUUGGAGAAAUCUGUUCUCCUGCAUCAAUUUGCUGCGAAUCCUCAACAAACUCACCAAGUGGAAACAUUCCCGCACCAUGAUGUUGGUUGUGUUUAAAUCUUCCCCCAUUUUGAAACGUGCACUGAAAGUGAAACAUGCCAUGAUGCAGUUAUAUGUGUUAAGACUACUGAAGCUCCAGACCAAGUACCUUGGAAGACAGUGGAGGAAAAGCAAUAUGAAAACUAUGUCUGCCAUCUACCAAAUGGUGCGGCACAGAAUGAACGAUGACUGGGCCUAUGGCAAUGAUAUCGACGCUAGACCAUGGGACUUCCAGGGUGAGGAAUGUACCCUGCGGGGAAACAUUGAGUGUUUCAACAGCCGGAGAUAUGAGAAGAACCCAAAUUGGGAGUUUGCCCCGGUAGAUAACUGUUUGCAGAGCGUGGUGGGUCAAAGGCUUGAACUGCCAGAGGACUUCCAUUAUACUUACGAGCUGUGGCUGGAAAGAGAGGUGUUCUCUAAACCCAUUCAGUGGGAGGAACUUCUGCAGUAUUCAUGACUAACAAACUCACUGUCUGAGUGUUAUAUGGUGCUGUUCUGAUCAGUGCAACAUCCGAUAACCGAUGUAGUACAAGUAACUUGCAGGUGUACAAUGUGUGCAAAUAUCUAUGUAUACUAUAGAUGAAUAUUUUUAGAAGAUGAUGGCAAGUCGCUUCACUGCUGGAUUCCUCUAACAGAGCUUUGCAAUGUUUAACAGCAGCUGCUCUCUAACUGGCUGUUCGACAGGGCAGGUCUCUGUCAGAGGAAUCCUGCAGUGUAAUCAAUUCACAUGAGGUGCAACAAAUACACUGGAUGAAGAUGGGUGAUUUUAUGUUUUGUAGCAAGGACUAUUAUAAACAUUCUCCCAUAAGUUGAGGGAAAUGAUGCUGCUAUGUGCUGACCUUUUCCUUGCAGCUAACCUACUCUCUUAUUCAGACCCAUCAAUCUGCCAUAUGUACAGGAUAAUCAUUGAUAGAGAUGCUUUUUCUAACAGUUGCCAACUCCUUUACCUGUGAGCAUUUCUUUUUUACACUGGACAGUAUUUGUAUGUAUACAGCAUGCAAGACAUAGCUGACCUGCCAUUUCUCUGUAGUUUACUGUUUAUGGAUGAUUUUUGUAUAAAAAUACAUAUUUAAUUAACUUCA